AUGUUGACCCAGCUGUUCAUUUGGACGGCUGUUGCCAUUUUAGCCGGCGCGUUCCUCCUACGCCCCAAACGAACCCCAUUCCCUAUUGUCAACAAAUAUCCCUACGAUUUUCUCGGUCGCAGAGCAGCACGUGAAGCUCAGCAGAACGCCCGGAAACUCAUCACCGAAGGCCUCGCAAAACACCAAGGCCCCAUCACCAUCAAUCUUCUCCAUGGACAAAAAAUCAUCCUACCAGCUUCGUCAGCUGGUUGGGUGAAAUCCAACAAGGAUCUUGAUCACAAGCAGCUCGUCAAGGACGACUACUUCGCCAGUGUUCCCGGAUUUGAGGCCCAGUCUGUGCUGCAUGGAGAUGACGAGACUGCCAAGCGCCUCAUCACGACCAAAAUGGGCCAAAACGACAGCACGAUAGGUGCAAUGAAUGACAGUCUUGCACGUGCCUUCCGGGUCCAUUGGGGUGAGGAUAAGGAGUGGCAUUCCAUCAACUGGCAUGGAGACACAAUGGGCAUCAUCGCCCGCGCGGCGUCGUCGGUUUUCGUGGGUCCCGAGCUGGGCGAUGAUCCCACUUGGCUGUGCCUUAUUCAGGGCUAUGUGAUGUCCUACUUCAUGGCUGUGUACGACUUGCAUGCGUACCCGCCUUGGUCGAGGUCCAUUGUUCAUUGGUUUCUUCCCAAUGCCAAAGCCUGCCGGAAUAUGGUGCCCCAAGCGCGCGCCAUUGUCAAUAGUGUCCUUCGGAAACGACAAGAAGAGACAGAGCGGGCGAUGAAGGAAGGAAGUAGUGCACCGGAGUACAAUGAUGCACUUGCAUGGGCUCAGGCUUCCUCGAACGGAAAGAUUGAACCAGGAGACCUGCAACUCUCUUUGGCCAUGGCCGCUCUCUUCACCACAACGGAGUUGUUCCGGACGAUUUUGAUCGACAUUGUCCGUCACCUAGAGCUUGUUGAGCCACUCAGAGAGGAGGUUUCGGAACAAAUCUCGAAACACGGAAUCUCGGUGGCUGCUACGAACAACAUGCUGUUGCUUGACAGCUUCAUGAAGGAGUCGCAGAGGUUGAGCGCCGGCUUAGUGCUCAGAGACACAGCCCUCCCAGAUGGCAGGAUUUUACCGCGUGGUUCCCAGAUCGUGGUUGACUCGACCAACAUUUGCGAUCCCACUUUUUACCCCAACCCAGACCAGUUCGACGGAUACCGGUUUUUGCACAAACGUGAAGCCGGUGACGCAACCAGUCAGUUUGUCCAAAGCAGCCAGGAGUUUUAUGUGUUUGGUGGAGGCCGGCAUGUUUGUCCUGGACGGUUCUUCGCCAGCAUUGAACUGAAGCUCGCACUGGCUCAUAUCCUCUUGAAGUACGACAUGCGCUUCGCAGAAGGUUGUGAUCCCAAGCCCAUGAUGAAUGGCCUUUAUGCGAUGGUUGAUCCGACUGUUCAGCUCGAGGUGAGGAGGAGGAGAGAUGGCGCGGUGGUGAAUAUUUUGGGUGAAAAGUUGUGA